GUUGGUCUAACUGAAAUUUCCAAUAAAUAUCAGAUAUAGGUGGCCAUUCCAGACAAUUUUUCAAUUAACGAUUCGGCAUUCUUUAAAAGAACAAUAAAAUUCUGCCGCUUUUCAUAUACUAUUAGCGUUUUAUGUUGAACAAAAGUGUUAAAAAUUUCAAAUAUUGUUCGAAGUGGUGUUGAAAACGGUAGUUUAUAAAUACGGCAACGAACAUUUGUAGUGCAAUUCAGUUCACGUUAAAAAUGGAACCAAUGACGCUUGGAAGCCCAAGUGGUAGUCCAUUACCAUCAUCCGGAACCUACCUUCCUUCAUUUCUCAUGGGAGAAACUCCAACAACGCCGCGAACCAACACUUUGUCCCCGACAAAAGGACGUGGAUCCCUUGCUUUCACACAAUCUCCGGUUGCUGGGGGAUUUGGAGGCGCUGCGUCACCGGAUUUCUGUGUUGGGAAAGGCGGUUUGCCUCAGAGGUUUUCCCUCGCUGGAGGUGGGGGUAAUGCUAAUGCAACCAAUCUCAACCAAUCCGGCCUAAACCACAAUACAAGUGUAUCUGGUCCACCUACCCAGGGCUUGUUUGAUUCAUUUCGCAAUGAGAAGCAAAUGUUCCACACGCCUACCAAGAAUUUUGCUUCACAACCGCAGCAAGCCCCAUCAACACCCGGAUUUAAUCAAUCGGCUUUAGAUGCCAAUGAAUCCUAUCUUAACCGGAGUGGCUUCAACGUUUCACGGGUAAUGUCUCCAAUUCCGAUGACCCGGGAGUCGGAGUAUAUCCGUGCUACAUCAGUUGUGUCUCCACUAUCGCACUCCCAGGUGAAUUUGAGUCAGCAACAAUCCGCCAAUGAUUACUGGAUCACCGUUUUUGGUUUUCCACAAUCUGCUUCAUCGAUGAUUCUAACGCACUUUUCCCAGUGCGGAGCCAUCAUUGAUAAAGUUUUUUCAACCCAGAAUGGAAAUUGGGUACAUCUCAGAUUUAGUUCUCGGUUGGAGUGUGACAAAGCACUUAAUUACAAUGGAAAAAUUAUCGGACAGAAUCUGAUGAUUGGUGUGCAGUACUGCAAUGAUCCAGUUAUUAUUGGGAAAGAGAACUGCGAUGAACGUAGAGAUUUUUCAUUAAGCCGUGUCAGAUCGUUAACACACAUUGCGUAUAAGAAUGCUCAAAAUCCAACUGACGUUGUCCCAAGCCCAACAGCCCCCAAACGAAGUUCCGGACUGGUCAGCAAGACUAUGGAGUUGAUUUUCGGGUUGUAGUAGUUAUUACUAAUCCUGCGAGAGUCGGUAAUUUGAUUUAUAUUUAUAUCUAUUAGAAAGUUGACUACUGUUGUGAAACUGUGUGUGUUCUCUAAAACAACUUGAAUAAUAACAAGCAAAAUCAUAAACGUCAAUGGAGAUUUUAAAAUUAAAAAACUACCAUUAUUAGAAA